UGGUGCUCUUAGUGGUAUUCUUGAUAGUAACCUUAGUGCCCUUUGUGGUGGUGCCCUUUGUGGUAGUACUCUUGAUAGCACCCUUGAUAGUAUUCUUAGUAGUAUUUUUGGUGGUAUUUCUGGUGAUGAUUCCUUUGGUGACACCCUUGAUGGUAUUCUUGAUAAU